GCGCGCGGCGAGCGCAGCUAUUCACUCGAACGUCACUCCGGUACAGGGGGUUAGUGAAGUGAGUGGGGCGCCUGGGGACUGGAGGCACUCACGAGCCGGGCUGACUCCAGCCAGGUAUACACCAGAUACCCUGAGCAAUGUCUCCAUUAGCGCGCGGCUGCCGCUGCCGCUCCCUCCUCCAAAGCGAACCGCAGCGGCUGAGGCGGAAAGAGGCGGCCCCCCUUUGCCAUGGACAAGCCCUCGCCCGACGAGCCUAGGCGCAGCCCGGCGUGAAUCCGCAACUCCCAAGGAAGACAACCCGGCUCCUUUCCCGACUUCUCCAGCUCGGCCUUUUCGCCCUUCCGACUCCCACCCCCCUCCUUCCACACCCUCCCCGUCAACAACCACCACCGCCGCCGCGUCCUUUAUUUAGCCUGUCUUUCGGCAGCAAAAGCCGCCUGGAAUAAGGAACCGCGAGCUGGAGGCUCCUGGAAGCCCGAGUUAUUCACUCACCGGGACCAGUAAGGCUGCCUCCCAAGCUCACAAACCCACCGCUUCUGCUGCUGCUUCCUGGACUUUGAGAGCACUCCAGUUGCCAUGUCCUACCCCCAGUUUGGAUACCCUUAUUCAUCUGCACCUCAGUUCCUGAUGACCACCAACUCCUUGUCAACUUGCUGUGAGACCAGUGGUAGGUCCUUGGCGGACUCGGGAGCAGCACCCUCCACUCAGACCCCUGUCUACUGUCCAGUAUAUGAGAGCAGGCUGCUGGCCACAGCCAGGCACGAACUCAAUUCAGCAGCUGCUCUGGGAGUCUAUGGGAAUCCCUACACAAACACUCAAGGCUAUGGCAAUUAUGUCACUUAUGGGACAGAGGCAUCAGCUUUCUAUUCCUUGAAUAGCUUUGAUUCAAAGGAUGGGAGUGGAUCUGCGCAUGCGGGCAUUACCCAGGCGACUGCUUACUAUCCCUACGAUCACACGCUCAGUCAGUAUCAAUAUGACAGAUAUAGCACCAUGGAUGGAGGGACAAGGAGGAAAAACGCCACUCGGGAAACCACCAGCACGCUGAAAGCCUGGCUGCAGGAGCACCGCAAGAACCCUUACCCAACGAAAGGCGAGAAAAUCAUGCUGGCCAUCAUCACCAAAAUGACCCUGACGCAGGUUUCCACCUGGUUUGCCAAUGCCCGGAGGAGGCUCAAGAAGGAGAACAAGAUGACAUGGCCCCCGAGGAAUAAGUGUGCCGAUGAAAAAAGACCCUACGAGGAAGACGAGGAUGGAGAAGGUCAAGGGGAGAAUCUAAAGAAUGAGAAAGUCGAGGAAUCCUCCGGGAAGGAGGACAAAGAGCUGGGCCUAAGCGACCUGGACGACUACGACCCACUAGAGUCGGAAAGCUCGGAGAGCGAGCUGAAGCCGCCAGCCUUCGGCCACGUGGAGAGCAGCGGCGCGUGCGCCAACGAGCCAAGCAAGGAGCCCACUCUGGGCGCGGGCGCGGCGGCUUCGCUGGAAAGCACCCUGGACAGAACCAAGAGCUGCCUGAAGGAGUCCGCGUCGGGGCCGGAAGGCUGCGAGGCGACGGAGCUGCUGAACGCCAGGCAAAGAAGCUGCGAGGCCAAGCCGUGUUACCAGCCGCAGCCGCCGCCUUCGCCGCUCCUCGAGGGCGGCGGGAAGCCGAGGAUCUGGUCGCUGGCGCACACGGCCACCUCGCUCAACCAGGCGGAAUACCCCUCGUGCAUGCUGAAGCGCCAGCAGGGGGCGUCGAGCGGCGGCGGGGCGGCGCAGGCGGCCGGCGUCCUCGAGAGGCCUCCGAAGGAUUCCCCCGUUACCAACCUCAGGAACUGGGUGGACGGCGUUUUCCACGACCCCCUCUUCAGACACAGUACACUGAACCAGGCCUUGAACAGCACUGCAGUGUCUUGGGCGACCACCAAGGGCUCCAUCUUGGAGACGGGAGCCUUGGGGCGCUCGCUGGGGGGCGGAGCCGCCGUGCUCAAGGGGCAGCUGGCCGGCCUGGCUGGGCCUCAGGACUCCGGUAAAGACUUCCUGGCUUUUCCCAAAGCGGGUGGCAAAAUGUUCUGCUCUUAACGACCGAGCCCCGUCCGCGUCCGCCUUCCCUGGGUCAGGGUGGGGGAGAAAAGGCAAGACGGGGGGAAAGACUCAGACCUGGUGAGCCGCUGAGGCCGGGAUGGGUCCUGGCGGGGAACUCGAGAAAGACUUGGAGAGAGCUGAGAUUUGGGCAGAGCACGUUUUACAGGAGCGGAACAGAACGGGGGAUUUUAAAAAUGCGGCUGGACAUUUCAUGCGGGAGAAAGAGAUUCCCAUUCUCAGCUUUUGGGAGGGGGGGGGGAGUUUUGAUCACUUCCAGCAAUCGAAGUUUUCAUCACGAAGCUUGCCCUCUUGCGCACGCGGUACUCGCGCCGCCUUUGGAAUGUCCCGGGGCAAGUUUACAGGGCGCGAGAUUCAAAUUCAGCUUCUUCGAGGAGGGGAGGGGGACGUUUGUCUCGUUCUUUUAUUUCCUUUUAAUUUGUGGCAUGCCGAUCUUAGUUACCAAAAAUACUUUCUCGGACUUCCCCCCCCUCCUCUUUUCAGUAUUAACAUCUCAUACACACACACACACACACACAAAUCGCACUUCUUUCACCGAGUUAAACCCCAUUGCGCUCCCGUACACAAACACAGAAUUUUUGACCUUGACAAAUAGGUUAUGUCGAAAGGGUAUGUUCACCCAAA